AUGGAAAUUGAACACUUUAUGGAUAUACUUUUGAUUUAUCUAUUAUCUGUGUAUAAUGUAGAGUUGUAUCUUGUGACUGUUCGUGCCCAUCGAAAUCAGCAUGGUGUCAGCAUGUUGUGGCGCUGUGCUUGUACAGAAUACAUCGGCCCGAUCAGAGUUACUAUAUGGGAUUCUGUAAAUGAGCUGUCGGUGGAUAAACUGAAGAAAUUUGCACAAUAUCUUGUGAAUGAGCUGCCCAAAGAGUAUCUGCCUAUCGCUCAAAGACUCUUAGACCAGCUGAAAUGCCCCGAGUCUGAAAUUAAUCUAUCCCACGGAGCGCCAGAUCCUACGGAUGGAGGGCAUGAGUUGUAUCUUCCUAUUGCGCAAAGACUAUUAGAUCAGCUGAAAUGCCCGGAGUCUGAGAUUAAUUUGUCUCACGGAGCACCAGAUCCUACCGAUGGGGGUCAUGAGUUGACCGCGAUAUGGGCCUUAGAUGUUGAUGGACUCCAUACUAGCAUCCGCAGAUUACUUAUCAAGUACUGUGUACCAGCUCCGACAAUGUUGAUGGCCUCCAUACCAGCAUCCGCAGACUGCUUAUCAAGUACUGCGUACCAGCUCCGACAGUUCAUUGGUAAGUUGAAUCUGUUCCCAAACAACACCUGUUCGCUCUUUUUUCUUUGA